UCCCGUCCACAAUGCUCCCGCAUUGGGGCCUUGGUAACUCUGUGCUCAGGUGUGCAUGGACGCGUAGACCAGUUAUUCACAUGUCAACUUGACUUGGUGAACUCCGUCUUGUUCAUCUUCUCAGAUGACUGCAGCACAUGCAGUUCUUUUGUCUGUAGCAGCCUGGCUGAUGCAGAUCGAUCCUGUAAUCACAACAUUUUCAGGACAUUGUUUCCGCUGCGUCGGCUCGUUGUAUCCGUUUGUUUUCCGCCAUUCGCCGUCUCUCUCUCUCUCUCUCUCUCUCUCUCUCCUCUCCUACCCCUCGUGACAUCCGCCUCUCUGUCUCCUCGCCCCGAAGGCCAGCCGAGCGAAGCAGUGCGAGACCACCCAUCCGAUAAAGCUCAAGUGACAGAGGACUUGAGCUUUGUGCUGCCUGAAGCACCACAAGCCAGGCCAGUCCGACUCGGCAGUCACUUUGUCCAGACAGGCAGAUUCGCCAGGAUUAGCCUGUGCUCGCCGGUCCCCGCCAUGGCAGAGCGUCUCAGUCUCUCGCCCAGAAACUGGCUGACUGCGGUUGGGGUUGCCAGGCUCUUGCGCAUUUCACUUCGCCGCAUGAGUAGAAGCCUGGCGUACGAAUGCAAACAUGUAUUGUCAAGUUCUAAAAUUAGACCUUACAGACGCAUAGUGUAG